UAAUGUCCAUCGCCUUUUUAUUCAUCCGUCAGCAAUCCCAGAUUCGCCAGCCAAGUGGGGAUGGAGGACCAAAGUAGUGGCCACACACAUCAUUGUAGCAGUCGGACUGAUUGCCAAUUCUCUAACGUUCGCCGUCAUGAAAAGCCCACGGCUGCGCUACAAGUCCUACUCUCACUACCUCAAAACAUAUAUAUUAAGGCUUUCUAUUUGUUUUCACUUGUCCUCACCAAAACAGCUCUUCGUGUUUGCGGAGGCUGUGUGCAACCUGAUGUCGUCGUGGCUGAUUGCUGUCAUGGCAAUGGAGCGCCUGUGUGUCGUCUGCAUGCCAUUUCGCCGCAACAUGUGGUGCCAACAACGAGGGGCUGUCAUCAUCAUCUUUACACUGUUCAGUUUUCUGGCCUGCACUCAGAUGUUUGUCAUGGUUGAGAAUCACAACAACCACUGUGUGGGAUCGCCAGACCACGACUACAUCUACAUUCCUCUCCACAUUUAUGUGUACCAGUUUGCGCUGCUGUUCAUCACGCCAGUCAUCGUUGUUGUCAUCUGCAACACAGGGGUUCUAAUCCAGAUAUUUAGCCGAAAACACAAUAAGACUACAAGAAUGUUGGUUGCUAUUUCAUUCACGUAUUUGGUCACGACGCUGCCGCUGAUUAUCUUAACAAUUACAGUGUAUUUACUUCAUCAAAACUUUGGAACACUGUCCGCGGACACGUUUUUGAAAAUAUUGCCUUGGAUGCAUUUUUUGCAGGCAGUUACCAAUCUCAACUACGCCUCUAACUUCUUCAUAUACAUCGUUUCUGGCCAAAAGUUCCGGAUGGAGCUCAGGAGGAUGUUCUGCAACGUUAGUGGCAACAGCUUCGGUGCAGGGAGCACUAGAACAAGAGAUGAAAUUCUCAUGAACUCAUACUGA